AUGGGUGCACCAUUCGCACAUUUUGUCAAUGUUAUUUGUCCGUCAGAUGGUUCCCGUCUCUUUUAUGAACCACCUGACAACAGAAUAGAUGAACUUAAUAAGUCUGGCACAUGUAAAUUGUGGCAAAACCUUCCUUGUCCAUUGAGAGGCACCUCCUGUUCCUCAAACACGGACUGUCUUGGACGAGGAAUCUGUUGCUACCAUUCGUGUGGGACGGCUUACUGCGUUGACGAAGAUUCAGAAAAUGAUCCUUGUGCUGGAAAAAAAUGCGGGCAUGGAGAGAUUUGCUUGAGGGAUGGUCCCAGAUCCAGAUGCCUAUGUCCUCCACGCUGCAUAGGAAAUCGUCGAGUUCCACGUGUUUGCGGAACUGAUGGCAUCACCUACAAAAACCUUUGUGAAUUGUUGAGAACCGCGUGUAUUAUCGGAGACACUACUCUGAAGAUGAAACACCUACAUCGAUGUGGUUCCAAACCGGUGGUCAAACCAACAACAACCACUCCGCCCAUCACGCAAUCUCCAACAGAACCACCCUUUAAGGUGAGUCCGACUCAUGAAGAUUAUCAAGAAUUGACUGAAGGGGAACGUGGUAAUAUUACAUGUCGAAUUGAAGGAACUGUCAUCUCGUACACAUGGCUGCUUCCAAACCGUGGACCACUACCAUCGAGAAUACGCCCUUUUAGAAACAUUUUGUCGUUCAGGAACGUACUUAAAGGGGAUGGUGGCGUUUACACUUGCGAGGCAGUUGGUGGACCAGAUGGAAACCAGGUUGUUAGGGCGCUUGUUAAUGUUACAAUCGAACCAGCUAUUCCAGCAGAAGUUGAUUUUUGUGACGAGCCUGCCGCAGUUGGAAAUUGUUCAAGAUUGAUAAUUCGGUGGAAUUUUAACAGUAAUGUGGAAGAAUGUGUUCCAUUCAUAUACUCUGGUUGUGCAGGAAAUUCAAACAACUUUCUCAACAAGGAAACGUGCGAAGCUGUGUGCAAGAAGAAAGAAGUACCAGACAACAGAAUUUGUCCAGCACCCCGGACGCGAUCCGUUGCACAACACCUAUGUGGAAAUGAUCAAUGUUCUACAAAUAAUGACUGUCCACCGGGAACAAGGUGCUGCUCAACAACAUGCUGCCAAGGGAGCUGCAAAAAAGAGUGCGUCAAACCUGUUUUUCCAGAUAAGCCAGGCACGUGUCCUGCUCCACCUAGUGACCAAUCAGACUGUCCAUUUCCCACCGACGAGUGCUCAGUUGAUCACGAUUGUGACGAA